AUGAGGGUGAUAAAUGCGGGGAAGAGCCAGCACAACGAGGACCAGGCGUGCUGUGAGGUGGUGUUUGUGGAGAGGAGGCCCAGCCCGAGGGCCCGGCUGCCGUCCCGGGAAGGCGGCAGGGACCUGGAUGGGGGAAGGAAGGGUUUUUAUUUCCACUACUGGGCCUUGUUUGAUGGCCAUGCAGGCAGUGGUGCUGCUGUCAUGGCAUCCAAGAAGCUGCACCUGCACAUCUGUGAGCAGCUCCGGGACCUCGUGGACAUCCUGCAGGACCCCUCUCCACCUCCCAUCUGCCUUCCACCUGACACGAGGGCUGGCCCUGGGGAGCUGAGCCGGGUGUCCCUUGCAGAGGACGAUGGGGAGGUCCCCAGUGAUGCCAUGCCACGGUUUCACCUGGAAAAAGUGGUCUCUCACGAGAGCCUGGUGAUCGGCGCCAUCGAGAAUGCCUUUAAGCACAUGGACGAGCAGAUUGAGCGGGAGCGGGUCCCCCAGCGCCUGUCCGGGGGCUGCUGUGCCCUGGCUGCCAUCUACCUCAUGGGCAAGUUCUACGUGGCCAACGCCGGCGACAGCAGGGCCAUUAUCAUCCGUAAUGGGGAAAUCAUUCCAAUGUCCAGGGAAUUUACUCCAGAGACAGAGAGGCAGAGGCUGCAGUUUUUAGCCUUCCUGAGACCCGAGCUGCUGGGGAAGGAGUUCACGCACCUUGAGUUCCCCCGCAGGAUCCAGCCCAACGAGCUGGGGAAGAAGAUGCUGUACAGAGACCAAAGCAUGAGUGGCUGGGCUUACAAAAAGAUAGAAGAGGAUGACUUGAAGUUUCCACUUGUCUACGGGGAAGGCAAAAAGGCACGGGCAAUGGCCACGAUUGGGGUCACACGGGGGCUGGGAGACCAUGACCUCAAAGUGUUCAGCUCCAACAUCCACAUCAAACCUUUCCUGUCCUGCUUCCCAGAGGUCAGGGUCUACGACCUCACACAGUACGAGCACUGCCCUGAUGAUGUUCUGGUCUUGGGCACUGACGGGCUCUGGGAUGUCACCAAUGACAAGGAGGUGGCCAGUGUGGUGAUGGAGGUGCUGACGAGCUAUGAGCCCAAUGACCCAUGCAGGUACACCAUGGUGGCCCAGGAGCUGGUGGUGCGGUCCCGGGGGGUGCUGAAGGAGCGGGGCUGGCGGCUGCCCAAUGACAAGCUGGGCUCUGGUGAUGACAUCUCUGUCUUUGUGAUCCCUUUGGGUGGCCCAGGCAACUACACAUGA